AUGGCGAAACGAGGUUCCGGUCGUUCUGCCGCGUCCGCCGCACGGACGCCAGCGGCAACCUCAAAGUCCUCGGACCUGGUCUUUAGCCUCCAGGCCGAGGUCUCUCGCCUAAGGCGCCAUGUUUCAGUCCUUUCUCGCCGUCUUCAUGACUGUGAGAGCGAACGUUUAAGGGCACAGAAUGCUCUUCGUUCCCACCCACCACUGCCCCCUCCUCCGCGUCCCAGUUUUGUCGAGUCGUCGCCUUCUCCGGGUGAGCGGGUGGCUAAAGCUGUUGUCGGAUCGUCGCUUCCCCGCAGCGUCCACGGGGCCACCGCGCCCCCUGCGGCAGAGGGGGCUGUGGCUGCUACUGGGUCUUCCCGUUCCUACGGCGUGAAGAGAGCAUGGUCGGGUUCGGACUCGAAGUCGGCGUCUGUGGCCAUUGCAACCAUAGUCUCCACCUCGGCGUCAUCCGGCCCGCCCACGCACCCCGCGGCUGCCCUGCGGAGGAUGGGAAAGAAGCAGCCCAAGAGGCGCCGGAUCAAGUUUGAUGCCUCGGAACCGGUGGCCUUGCGGAGCCCGGAGGGCGAGAAGAGGGUGGUGGAGUCACGCCUGGAGGAGCCGGAGCCACACUUGUGCCCCGAACGCAAGUUGGAUGACGGUAAGAUUGUUUGGCGGUGCCCAUGCAAGGGCAGUUUUAGUUCGGACCGGUACAAUUACGUGCCUGGUUUGCGAUACCACUGGGCGCAUCACGGGUGUACGGAGAUUAAGAUGGUCGCGGUCGGAUUGGUGGACGAUGAGGUUCCGAACGCGCCUUUGGUAUGUCGUUAUUGCGGGAUCAGGGGCGAUUGAUGGGUUUUGCUGGUAUGGUAGCCUUGGUCCAAGAUAUAGACUGGGGCGUUAGAUCUGCUUUGCUCUCUUUUGGGAUAGCCCAUGUUCUGAUCAAUCACUGGGCAUUCUACGAGAUGCUGGUAGUACUUUCCAAAUGCGCUACAGGAUAGGCGGGAUCGGGCCGGCUUGCCCCGCCACGAUGCCGUUUGGCUAUACGCCGCUGGGUCGGGCCUUUGUUAUACCGGUAGUUAUAAUGGAAAUGAUUGA